AUGGCAGGAGGAGCACAAUUUGACGUAGGAGAUAUUCACGGCCAGACACCUCUACACCUGUCCUUAGUCCUCGGGUACGGAAGCAUUGCUGAUCUAUUCCAGGACCGUUUCAAUUCCAUGCUCGACCAGGAUGAUUUAACGGAUAUCCAUUUUGCCAUCCAAGAAGGUCACACCUCUACCAUUGAGAAGUUAAUUUCUGAGGGAGCUGAUCUCAAUAUCCAGUCACCUGACGGACAUAUGUGUCUCCAUGAAGCCAUUAAACUAUGCAAUAAAAGCGAGACUGUUGUGGCACAAACUGACACCCUUAGAAAGAUCUCCGAUGAUUAUUACAGGGGCGAACUAUCUCCUGAGAAAGCCUUGGUGUUUUAUCUCCUAGAGAAUGGAGCCAAGUUAGAUGUGAGGGACGAGAGAGGCAAUCUACCAAUCCAAUAUGCCAAGGACGAAGUGGUCAAACAGAUGAUUUUGUCGAGGUUACCUUCUUUAGAGGAGAUCACGUCACAUCGAAAUGAGCCAUCAACACCUGCCAUCGUCUCAGUUGAGGUCAAAAGCAAUACCAGUCAGGAAAUUGAACUAGAAGACCAUGGCGUAUCAAUGUUUAUUCCUCCGGAGGCUGUUAACCAGAGUGACCGGUGCAAGAUCACCUUUUCUCUCUUACGAGACCUUCCAAGUGUUGACCUCCAAGAUGAUGAAUCGGUGGCCUGUUACGGGAUCAGAUGUGACCCUCCAAACAUGAUCUUCCACCAACCUGUUAGGAUUAGGAUACCACACUCUACCUUGACCAUCAACCCUGAUCAAGUGAAACCAUACAUUGUUUCACAUGUAUGGGAUUCUGUAGACGAUCUACCAAGAACAUCUAGAAUGAGUUCAUCCAGCUCACCAGACGAACCACCGUACUGCAGAGUGUACACGAGACAUCUUGAGUUGUACAUUGGUCACUGUGCUGAGUGGUGGGUUCUUAUACCUCUUGAACAACAGGUGAUCCGACACCAACUUAUGUGCACUCCAUACAUCCCAGAUACGAUAGAAAGAGGCAAAGAGAUUGAAGUGCAUCUUCAUAUCCAUGCGAACCUUCCUGGGAUGGACGCGGAGAAUGUCAUCGAGUAUCUCAUAAAUCAUGGAGCUAAUGUGGAGAAGGCGACUCCAGAUGGACAAACACCCUUACAUCUUGCUGCAUCACUCGGACAUCUUAAAACAACGAAAUGUGUACUCAGCAAUGGAGCUAAUAUGGACAAAGAAGACAAGGACGGCCACUCUGCAUUGUACAGCGCUGUAAUGAAUGGUCAUCUUGAUAUAGUACGAUACUUUAUCAGUCAGGGGGCAACAGUGAAUCAGCUCGACCAGGAUGAUUUAACGGAUAUCCAUUUUGCCAUCCAAGAAGGUCACACCUCUACCAUUGAGAAGUUAAUUUCUGAGGGAGCUGAUCUCAAUAUCCAGUCACCUGACGGACAUAUGUGUCUCCAUGAAGCCAUUAAACUAUGCAAUAAAAGCGAGACUGUUGUGGCACAAACUGACACCCUUAGAAAGAUCUCCGAUGAUUAUUACAGGGGCGAACUAUCUCCUGAGAAAGCCUUGGUGUUUUAUCUCCUAGAGAAUGGAGCCAAGUUAGAUGUGAGGGACGAGAGAGGCAAUCUACCAAUCCAAUAUGCCAAGGACGAAGUGGUCAAACAGAUGAUUUUGUCGAGGUUACCUUCUUUAGAGGAGAUCACGUCACAUCGAAAUGAGCCAUCAACACCUGCCAUCGUCUCAGUUGAGGUCAAAAGCAAUACCAGUCAGGAAAUUGAACUAGAAGACCAUGGCGUAUCAAUGUUUAUUCCUCCGGAGGCUGUUAACCAGAGUGACCGGUGCAAGAUCACCUUUUCUCUCUUACGAGACCUUCCAAGUGUUGACCUCCAAGAUGAUGAAUCGGUGGCCUGUUACGGGAUCAGAUGUGACCCUCCAAACAUGAUCUUCCACCAACCUGUUAGGAUUAGGAUACCACACUCUACCUUGACCAUCAACCCUGAUCAAGUGAAACCAUACAUUGUUUCACAUGUAUGGGAUUCUGUAGACGAUCUACCAAGAACAUCUAGAAUGAGUUCAUCCAGCUCACCAGACGAACCACCGUACUGCAGAGUGUACACGAGACAUCUUGAGUUGUACAUUGGUCACUGUGCUGAGUGGUGGGUUCUUAUACCUCUUGAACAACAGGUGAUCCGACACCAACUUAUGUGCACUCCAUACAUCCCAGAUACGAUAGAAAGAGGCAAAGAGAUUGAAGUGCAUCUUCAUAUCCAUGCGAACCUUCCUGGGAUGGACGCGGAGGUUCAAGAGGCGGAAAAAAAGCAGUCAUACCGCAAGGUUCAUCCCUCGGUUCCAAUCAGUAUUGCAACAAAGUCUGGUGACGUUCAAGUCACGUGCUGUCGUCAGGAUGAGUUUGAGCAAAGCAAGUCUGGACAACAGGCUAUCUCUCAAAAAGAUAUUCAAAGCAAACUGAAACACAGCUUUUUACUACCCGUGACUUCGCGUAAGGAGAAUACAGACUUCCCAGUAAUUAUCACGAUUACACAGGCUGGAAAGGUCGGGGUUUCAUUAUCUGUUGCUUUCUUAAUCAGAUACUCAGAUGAACUGAAGUAUGAACCUUCUUUAGAACCUGCUUCCUUCGAUCGAUAUCGAUGUCCACACCAUUGCUGAAAAGAUGACAGUGGAUCAGUUCUAUGAUUUGGGGGUAGCUCUCGGUUUCCGAAUUCAACAGUUGGAUGUCAUAGAAUACAGGAGGUUCAGAGACAGACAGCAGGCUACCUAUGACAUGUUGGUAACAUGGCGACAGGCACAGGCCUCUGGUCGAGAAGCAAAGGAAACGUUCCUUUCACUCAUGAAAUCUUUAGACUCACCUACUGAAGAGAUGGAGAGGACAGACAUCGGUUCUGCUUG